AUAUUUAAAUCUGUGUACGUCAGACGAAAUAUUAUAUAUUUAUAAAAUCGGUGCGGAUGGAUCGUUUCAAGUGCGCUGUUUGAGUGUAGAGUGAGCAGAGUUAUAUAUAAGCUUUAUUUAUUCAAAAAACCUUCCAAUAAAAUAUCAACCUGCAAGUGGAAAAACACUAUUUUUCUCUCUGCAACAAUGCAGCAAUAUUUACUUUGGUUUGGCGCUCUCAUCUCACUGUCGGCCUCAGCAUACGCCAUUAAAUGUUAUGCCUGCGAGUCUGUCUACGAGGAGAGUUGUGGCGAGGACUUUGAAGUCGAGACCCAUUUCAAAUACGAUUGCUCCUUCAUUGCCCCGCCGAGGUUCUUGGAGAGUGAUCUGCUCAGCGUAAAUGCCACGGCCUGCUUAAAACGUGUCUUCAAAGAAAAUGGCGUUCGGAAAAUCGUUCGAGGAUGCUUCUUUGGCGAGGUGAACGCCACCGAUGUGGGAUGCAAAAUGGAUCCCACCCUGACAGCGGUGCAGAAUGUCAGUUGUCAUGUGUGCGACAAUGAAAAUUUUUGCAACGGAGCCGAGGCAGUCAUCGGCUGGAAUGGACUGGAUAAAUGGAAAUUGUUCUCGAGUCUAGUCUUGUUUCUUUUGGCAGCGCAAGUGCCGUGAAAUAUCUUUCGGAAGUCACUGGCCGUAAUGAGGCAUCAAUGGAAAAAACAAUGAAAAAACAAACAACAGACAUGAAACGUUAGUAAACAUAGUUCAAUUUAAGCAGCACCUCACAAUCCUCACGUAGAAAACCUCAAGUAGACAAGCUAGCUAGGAUUAUAGCCCACUGUGUUAAUGGCCAAUUAAUGGCGAACACAGGGCGUAUGAGUAACAUUAGCAGACACAAGCCGAAAAGCUGGCAAACAAAUAUCGAGCGAUCCAAAUACAAAACUAAUAAAAACUAAUUUUACACAG